AUGCCGGGGCUGGCGCUGGCGCCAUUCACGGCGGAACAGUUUGACGCCUUCUGGCCGCGGUGGCGGCACGCUGACAAGUCGGGCAACCUGCUGCACUGCGAGCUGAGGUGCUCGGUGGAGAAGGUGCGGGACAUGCUGUUCGCGCCGGAGGCCAAAUUUCAGGAAAAGCUCCACAAAGUGAGAAGGGACUCAAACAUCGCAAAGACAGCUUGGUUGGAGGACUUCCGGGAUCUGCCAUCACUGCCCAGCGGUUAUGACUGGACAGUGCAGCUGCAGGAUGCGGACUAUGUCAACAGCCGGCCGCGUAGGGGCCUAAUCAGGAAGGUCCAUUUCACGAGUGCAGGCAUCUCGCUGCACCCAAGUCCCUUCAACACAGAGGAAUGCCAGCGGUGUGUGGAGUACGUGCCCAGUAAACGGCUCGUUGUGGAGGUGUGCGUCAUAUCAACGCCGCCGUACUGCGACAGGUUCCGCCCAAUAAACAUGUACCAGGUGGAGUCGAUCGGAAACGGCUGGUGCACAGUGAAGGUGGACUAUCAGAUUGUCUAUAUCGCUGCCGUCAAUUUUGUGCUGAGGACGUUCAUCGAAAGGAGCGCUAAAGAUGGGAUGUUGCAGAACUUCGAAAAGAUGGCCAAGGCCUUCGACAGCUAUGUAGAGACAAACAAUCUAAGGAAGAAAUCCAAAACGGAAAAGAAGACACCACGGCUAACUGCAAAGGACAUCAGGUCGUUCCCAAUUGACGACCUGCCUUUCGAGAUCGUGGAGCAGGUGGAAAAGAAAGACCGGGGCCUUAAGGCGUUCGUGAUGUCGGACAGGCUGCAUCGCGACGCCAGCGCCUUCAUGCUGGCCCUCAUCUUCCCGCUGAGGAUCCUCAUGAUCCUGCCGGCAGUGUACAAAUGGCUGCAAGGGGUGCCUUCCGGCGGUGCGGCCGCCGAUGAGCACCCCAACAAAUGGCACGGGCUGGGGGCCAUGGCGCAGGAGUUUUUCAGGGCGCUGUCGAGAUUGUUGCUGUCACUCUGUGUCGCAUACGUAAUACACAACGCCGUCCUAGGCACGAGGAUGCGGUGCGAGGGUUUGGGUGGCAGAUUUGCGGAGGCGUGUGAAGUUGUGUUUGAGCUUGUGGGACUGCCGGUGGAAUUCCGGGCCUUAGUCAGCAGUGGUCUGUUCAUGGCCUUUGUUGUCAAAUUUGUGGAGCUGGGCCUCGUGACGCGAUAG